CUACACAGUGCAGGAAAUCCUGCAAAGCUUUACUUACCUCUCCUAAGGAAGAGCCCGCUAUGGACUCGGCGCCUUCACGCCUGGCCGUCCUGUCUCGUCAGAUGACGGGGACGGCAUCGGAGGACGCCGUGGCGAGGAACAACACUGCUCAACAGGAGGUUGAGGAGCGCCCUGCCCCUGGCGGCGGCAGAGGAACCCUGACCGUCGUUGACAACCGCACCGGGAAGAAGUACACGAUUGAGAUUUCUGAGGGGGGCACAAUUAAUGCCCAGUCGCUGAAGCAGAUUAAAGCAGGCGGUGAUGGCGUUGGCCUGCGUGUCUAUGACCCAGGGUACCUGAACACCUGCGCGGUCAUCUCCCGCAUUUCGUUCAUCGAUGGUGAGCGGGGCAUUCUGCGCUACCGCGGAUACCCAAUUGAGGAGCUUGCGGCAAAAUCCAACCACCUUGAGACGGCGUACCUUGUGCUGUAUGGCAGCCUCCCUACGCAGUCGCAGCUCUCCAUUUUCCGCGAGUCCGUCAUGCGCCACACUGCGCUGCCCACCUCGGUGCUCGCCACUGUGGCCGCGAUGCCGCACGACGCGCACCCCAUGGGCGUCCUCAUGACCGGCAUCUGCGCGCUGUCCACGCUGCACCCGGAGCAGAACCCCGCGCUGGCGGGCCAGAACGUGUAUAAGAGCCGGGAGAUCCAGGACAAGCAGAUUGUGCGCCUCAUCGGCAAGGUCCCCGCCCUGGCUGCUCUGGCCUACCACAAGGCCACCGGCCGCUCCGCCGCACCUCCCAACCAGCGCAUGGACUAUGCCGAAAACUUCCUCUACAUGCUGGACGGCGCCAGCAACCCCGCCUACCGGCCCAACCCCCGCCUCUCGCGCGCGCUGGACAUCAUGUUCAUCCUGCACGCGGAGCACGAGAUGAACUGCAGUACGGCGGCUGUACGGCACCUGGGCUCCUCGGGUGUGGAUGUGUACACUGCAGUGGCGGGUGCGGUGGGAGCGCUGUACGGACCGCUGCAUGGCGGCGCGAACGAGGCGGUUCUGCGCAUGUUGGCGCGCAUCGGCACGGUCGAGAACAUCCCGGCCUUCAUCGAGGGCGUCAAGAACCGCAAGGAGAAGCUCUUUGGCUUCGGGCACCGCGUGUACCGCAACUUCGACCCCCGCGCCAAGAUCAUCAAGGAUGUGGCGGAGAAGGAGGUGUUCCCGCUGGUCGGCAUCGACCCGCUCAUCGAGGUGGCCAAGGCGCUGCAGGACGCCGCCCUGGCUGACGAGUACUUUGUGAGCCGCAAGCUCUACCCCAACGUGGACUUCUACUCGGGCCUGGUCUACCGCGCUCUAGGCUUCCCUCCGCAGUUCUUCACCGUGCUGUUCGCCAUCCCGCGCAUUGUGGGCUACUGCGCGCACUGGCGCGAGUCCCUGACGGACCCCGACACCAAGAUCAUUCGGCCGCAGCAGGACUAUAAGGGCGUGUGGCUGCGGCACUACGCGGACAUGGCCUACCGCCACAACGAGGGCACCGACACUGUCGCCCACCUGCCGACCUCGAACGCCUACAACCGCCGUGUUGCUGGCGAGAACUGGCAGUAAGAGCGUUGGGCGGCCCUUAACGAGGCGGCGUUGCGUCAGGGAUGGAUGCUGCUGCUGACGUGCGGCCGGAGGCAGGCUCACGAGGUUUCUGUUGCGGCACAGGAAGGUCGCAGUGUCCGAAACCCAUGGAUACCUUUGAACCGGCCAAAGGCUUGGAGGGUUCCGCAUGCAUUUGCUCCCAUGGCAGGUUACAUCCAUGCGUUCUCGAGUGUGAUUGUUGUCGGCAAAUUGUCGUCAUCGUCUUCCAGCUUUGUAUAAACCGAGGUGCGUGUAUUAUUAGGUAGGGAAUCUCUUUAGGGUGUACUAGUAUUGGUGGGAUGUCCUCAAGUUGUCCCUUUUCGUGUCAGUGAGUGCAAGAGUCUCUGUGCAAUGCGUCGGUUGAUUCCAACACUAGUGUUGGAUUCCUAACCUCUCAUAAUCCACAUGCAUUGCGAGGGAAGGGUCUGCGGUCGUGUGUGUUUCUUGUUUCCAUUGCCGGCAUGUUCCUGUACGUGUCUUCCUAUUCUAUUCGUCCUAUUAAGGCGGCUCCCGGUGGUACGGCACGACACAGCUGCGUGUGGGGAAACGUUCUCUGCACGGAUAGACUGUGCUGCCGUCUCGAUAGAUGUCGUGUUCGUUCGCUCGCUCCGACCACUCCGCACAUUUUCGACCGCGUUCCCCUCCGGAAUGGACUGGAUUUCGGUAGCGGUGUAGCGCGUUGAGCAUCGGAUUGCAUGCCGGUGGAGGCUACCGACAAGCCUCGUAUCGACUGAUGGUGACGUCUGGGGACCGGACAAUCUUCCUCACGGCCAGAGAUGACAUAUCUAGUAGCUGGUACAAUUUGCACGUAAGCACGGUUAUGUGGUCAUUUGUUUGGGGCUGAUGGCUACGGCUUGGAGUGUCGUGGUCUCUGAAGGCCGGGUCUCGACAUGGGGUAGGAUACAGGUCCCUGCGACACGAUAAUACGAUUUAUUGAAGGCUUAUGCGGUUGGGACAAGAGCUUCUUGCGCAGGCAUAUGUGCCCAGGACGUGCAUUGAGCUGAAUUGAUACGUUCAAACUCUAUAGCGGGGUGUCCCGGAAUGUGUGAACCUUUGUAAGGCACUGUUUGGUUAAUGGCAUUGCAUCAUU